CCAACGUACCAGAAAUCAUCAUACAGGUAACCGCCUGAACUUCAUCUCAAUGUCAAUCACAUAAAACAUUCAAAAUUAUAUUAAACCGUAGAAAAUAGUAAAUAAGUAAUGAAAUUAAAUCCCGAAGAAAGCGAUAAAUGAACGUGACACAUGAACGUCCAUCAGGGGGAUCCGUUGGCGCCCCACGCGGGAGACCUACCGGGGGCCCCGGACCUAACGUCCACCAGCGGAGCCUUCAGUUUACACCUGGACCGUUUGUAUGAUUCCGAUUUACAUUCGCUAAGUUCGCCCAGUAGUCCCAGAUCGAACAUCAGCGGUGGCUCUACCGGAGAUGUAUCCACAAAACCCGUUAAAAGACCGCGAUCGGCGAAGCCCCUAUCGCCAAAACUCGCGAAAGCCCUUCCGCCAUUAUCGAGCAUCCCAUUACCGAUAAAACUAUCCGGCCCCGUCAAGAUUCCCUCGAACGCAAGCAGCAGGACCAACUCGAAAACCGUAGUCACCAGCAAACACACUUUGGAGAUCCAGUUUAUCAAUAAGAACAAACGUUACGUGCAGAUGCGAAACGAAUUAUUGGAAAAGCAAAAACCGGUGUUGGAUUUGUACCAGAACCUGUUGCAGAUCAAGAAACAGCUCGAGAAGCACCACAAAACCGUCCAGUUGGACGACAUCAAGCUGCUCUCCUAUCAUGACUACAAUAACAGACUCAACAGCUACGGAGGCGGCGAAAGUUUGUCCCCGCAAGUGGUGGCCGGCAUGAAAUCCUCCCUCGAAGACAUCCCUAAGACCCUCAUAGACGUAUGCCAGAACCUGCUGAGCAGACGAGCUCUUAUCGUGGACCUUUUGGAGAGCAUCACCAAAUCGGAGGUGGACCUCUCCGAAGUGUCCGGGCGCAUCGAAUCCCUAAAAACCGAAGGGCAAAUGCUGCAAAACUCUUUGGACGCCAUCAUUGAGGAGCACCAGACCAAAAUCAACGAACUAGUAACCAAGUGGCGCAUGCUCCUUAACGCGAAAAACAAUAACGCCAAAGCGGACGAGCUCGAACUGAAACUCCGAGCCCAAGAAAAACUCACUUACGAAUCGGCCCAUGUUAUACGGGAAUUACAAAAAAAACUGGACGACCGUAAGAUCAGUUACGAUAAGUCUAUGGGGGAGCUAACCGGCUUGGUCAACUCCCUCAAAGAACAAGUCAAGAAACUGGAGCAUGACUUGGAGAGCGAGCGUAAGGCCACAGGGGACAUAAGGUCCCGGAACCAUUCGAACUCGCAGAAUAUAAAAACCAUGCGGGCCAAACUGACCGAGCUGGAAAACGCCAAAAGGGAAACCGACGCGGCCAACCAAGAGCUCCAAAAGAAACUGCGACAGUUACAAGACCAGAACCGACAUAAAGAAACUCAAUGGACGAAAGAGAAGGAGGAACUGAGCAGGAUGCUGAAGCGCCAAGACAGCAUGCUGCAAACCCACAAGACCCAAUACGAAUCCACCCUAAAAACCAUCGAAUCAGAAAAAACCACUACAGAAAUCCAGAUGCAAAACGAGAUCGACACCCUCUCCAGUAACCUGGUUUCCAUAAAAAUCCAACUGGAAAACGUGAUAACCGAACGGGACGAGGCCGUACACAAAUGCGCCGCCUUCGAGGGCUACUUGGCCCGUAUGGGCGAGGACAGCAAACUGGAAAUGCAAAAGCUCUCGAGCAGCAUCUGCUGGGGCAAACAGCGCGCCUCCACCACCACCGAGGAAGACCAGUACAUCGACAACAUGAGCAAAGACCUGAAAAUCCGCGAGCUGGAGGACAAGAUCCGCAAAAUGGAGAAGGAGAGGGUCUACCACGAGGAAGAAGAGCAGCGACAAAAGGAGGAGAACUGCCCCACCGAAACCGACAGGCAACUGUCCAAGCAGCAGGAGUGCAUCAGCAAAUACAAAAUGUUGUUGGAGGAGAGCGAGGCGAAACUAACGGAAAAAUCGACGGAGGUGGCGGCUCUUAGGGCGGAAAUGAAGCAGCUGAAGGUGCGCCAGGAGGCGCUCGAGGAACAGAACGUCAAGUGUCCAACGGACGAGUUGCAACGGAUGAUCGAGGAGGGUCGCGGCAAACUCUCGGACCUGAUGAGGAAGUCUAUCGAUAGCGAGCAGAAGAUCGAGUACUACACGCUGGUGGUGGAGAAACAGGGCCAUCAAAUAAGCGAGAUGGAGAACCUGUUGCGAUAUAGGGAGAACAUGGCGGGGGUCCUGAAGGCCUCCAGGGACGAGCUGCUGAUGGAGAAGGAGAGCCUCACGAAGUACUCGCAAGAAUUACGGUUGGUCCUGACGGAGCUGACCAAGGAAGGGAAGAUGAAAGAGAGACUGAUUAAGGAGCUGCACGAAAAGGUGGACAUGCGCGAGACCCAAAUCAGUAAGUUGGAGAAGGAGGUGCGCGAGUUGGAGGAGAAUCUGAUGUCGGCCAACCAGAAGCGGUUUAUGCUCCAAGAGACGAUCGGGACGAUGGAGAAGGAGCUGCAGAGUACGAAAGCGCACGUGAAUCAGUUGGCGGAUAUCAAUUCGCGUAAUAUAAGGCCGAAGAUGGUCAAGAGGUUUUGAGGUGUUUGAUUAGGUGUAUUUGUCUUGUAAUAAAUAAGUUUGUGUCUUGGGGUUAAUUGGGCGGCUUCAUUUUCAGUUUUGCAUGUUUAAUGAGUACGUUGUGCAAGCAAAUAUAUAUUUAUUUGACGAUG